CUGAAGGUGGCACGAGGCACGGGCAGACCGCCACCAGACUGGGGACGUCAUGAGAACGAGGAGCUCGAGCAAAUUCGUAAGAACCUCGAGCCACCGAAAUACGUCGAACAGCAAAAGGCAGAAGGCGACCUAGCCAGGCCCCCGAUCGAGCCGAAACCUUUGGCUGUCCCAGGAGUGGACGAGGUCGAAGAGGACGAGCUACCACCGCCCCAGGCUCCGCCGCCGGAAAAACCUGCGGAACAAAAGGCCGCUGAGCCUGAGCCUACGAAAAAGGCUCCUCCAGCAGCGAAGCGUGCCUCGACAGCUGGAGUUCGAAAAUAG